CGAUCAUGUACAGUGGCGCCAGCCUCGAGGCGCAGAAUGGUUGCUCCAGGCGCGGCAUUCAUGUUCUUUGUUCUCCCUUGACGCGCAAAGAGCAUUCUGAAAUAACGUAAACACGCCGCACGGAUCCUUGAAGUACCUAGGCCGCGACUGGACUUCUCUCGCCCCUUGUUACCACUCACCAAUGUCCGACUCCACAAUCUGCCCACAGGUCCUUGCAGGCUCCCUCUGCACAGAGCGCUUCUGCACUUUCGCGCACAAUCCGCCCAGCUGCGACCUGUGCAAUCUCAUCUUUCCCACCGCACCGCAGUACACUGAACACGUCGCGACGAAGCAGCAUCAGAACCGUCUGUGCGGCGAGUUUGGGCUGAUGCUGUACUGCUCUGCGUGCGAGAAGUAUAUCCCGGGCAACAAGAACUGGGCUGUUCAUGUCCGCAGCGCGCGACACAUCAAAAAAGCGGGUGGGAGACACCUUGAAGCAGAGGAGAGCGGAGAGAUGCCAGGACACACACUCUGCACGACGUGCAACUCGCAGAUCCCAGACAAGUCUUGGGCGCGGCACCACCUGAUGCCGAAGCACCUGGCGAAGACGCAGUUUCUGUCGUUCCGUACGGCCUUGGAUGAAGCCGAGAAAGACAAGAACGGGGUGUCGGUCAGUGGGGCCUUUGACUUCGGGAUAGUCGAGCCCUCCCUGGCGGGUGCUGGGGUAAGAGUGAACGCGAGCAUCACGAACACCACGCCCUAUUCGAUUGUGAGCAUUGUCAAUGCGUCGUUCGCAUCUUCGAGGGGAGUUCGGAUGUCGACGCCAUUCACACUCGACCUUGCGACUGCUCAUCGUUCAAUAUGCUACAAACAGACGCUGAACUUCACAGUCAGCAUGUGUCAGUCCCAUAACGGCCGUGCCCAAGAUCGACUGGAGUUGGAAUUUGAAGAUCGGCAGCUCGGACGCCGAUUUGUGAUAAUGCGCACAUUGGCUGUGAUUGUUGGGGACCGCGAUGAUCACGAAAACCUGCGACCCAGUGCACCGUACGUUCCGCGCAAACGAACUGCCCGGCAGCCUGAGACGAACGUUGUCGAGGGCGUCGCACCUCCCUCGCUGCGCGUGAUUCGCUACGUUGUCGUGCUUCCCGAGUCGCCGAUCCCCAAAGCCUUGUCUGCAGCUUUAGCGACUGGAACAGCAAGCAGCAUCGUCCAAAACAUGCGGACUGUGUUUCUGCCGCCGGUCCUGAAUAGUGACACGUAUCCGCGGCACUUCAAGCAUCUCAUUUGGAUAGAGGAGCACCAGAUGGAGCGCGAUCUUCAGUAUUACGAUAUCACAGAGGCCAAGUUGACGGUGCACCAUCCGUAUCACUACGUCUCAGUCCCUGGACUGGCGGAGAAGCGCCCCAGUGUUCUCGUCGGCGACCGAAUCCUUGUGCAGCAAACAGGUGCUGCGGCUGGCCACUGGUUUGAAGGUGGCGUGCACGUCGUGCGGAAGGAAGAAGUCGGAUUGCGGUUCCAUUCGUCGUUUGGCAAGGCUUCUCCCCUAGCGCGUUUUACGGUGCGCUUCAAACUGAACCGGCACCCUGUUCGACGACAGCAUCUGGCCCUCGAUACGGCCUUCGACGAGGACCGUGUGCUGUUCCCUGAACAAACGCACAUGCCUGCUGGACCAGUCCCCUCUAAGCGCUACCCAGUCAAGAAUCCGCUGAUCGCACACAAUCCUCCUCAGCUGCAGGCCGUUGUGUCCAUAGUCGAGCGGGCGCCUGGGUCCGUCCCAUUCGUCAUCUUUGGGCCGUGAGUGUUUGUAUCCGGAUGCCGCCGUCUAGCUGAGCACUCAGCAGACCCGGAACGGGGAAAACGGUCACCAUGGUCGAAUCCGUUUUCCAGAUCUUGUCUGCGAACCCUCAAGCUCGCGUGCUGGCGAUCGCGCCCAGCAACUCUGCCGCAGACCUCAUCACAACGCGUCUCAUGUCACUGGGGGCGGAGCAGCUGUUUCGGUUCUACGCCCCGUCACGUCACAAAGAAACGGUCCCUCUGGAGCUACGCGCGUUCACCUUCGCCACUGCGAACGGACACUUUGCUGUUCCGGGGCUGGCGAAGAUGAAGACGUACAGGGUGGUGGUGACGACCUGUGUCUCUGCGUCUGUCGUUUCAGGGAUCGGCAUCCCAAGAGGCCAUUACUCACACAUCUUCUGCGAUGAAGCGGGCCAGGCUACCGAACCUGAAGUUAUGAUCGCGAUCAAAACUAUGGCCGACAAGCAGACCAAUGUGGUUCUCUCUGGGGAUCCGAAGCAACUGGGGCCGAUCAUCCGGUCUGCGAUUGCGAGAGAGCUUGGUCUGGAGAAGAGCUUCAUCGAGCGGCUGAUGGCUAUGGAGAUAUACGAUCAGGUCAGAGGUUACGGCAAGUCCGUCGUCAAGCUUACGAAGAACUUUCGCUCGCACCCGUCGAUCCUCAAGUUUCCGAAUGAACGCUUCUAUCAAGGGGAACUGGAGGCGUGCGGUAGCCCGUCGGUGGUCAACGCGUAUGUGAACUGGGGGCCGCUGCCCAAUGGUCAGUUUCCGGUGAUCUUCCACGCGAUCAGGGGAAAGGAUGAUCGGGAAGCCUCUUCGCCGUCGUUCUUCAACGUCGAUGAGGUCAGCCAGGUCAAGAGCUACGUGGCGAUGCUCCGGGAUGACCGCCGCGUGCGGAUCACUGACAACGACAUCGGUGUGAUCACACCAUACCAUGCUCAGUGCCUCAAGAUCCGCGCGGUGCUGCGUGCAUUCGCAGACGGGGUCAAAGUCGGCAGUGUUGAGGAGUUCCAGGGCCAGGAGCGCCAGGUGAUCAUUGUCUCGACUGUCCGGAGCAGCCGCGAGUUUGUCGAGUACGACUUGCGUCACACACUGGGCUUUGUGGCCAAUCCCCGUCGAUUCAAUGUUGCUGUCACACGAGCCCAAGCGCUGCUCAUCGUCAUCGGAGACCCUGAUGUGCUGGGCCUUGACCCACUUUGGCGGACUUUCCUGAACUACGUGCACGGCAAUGGGGGAUGGACUGGUCCAGAUAUCUCUUGGAAUCCAGACCAGCCGGUUGACGAGGCCGGGGGCUACGACCAGGCUGUCCGAGAAGCUGCUCUGUUCGAUAUGAAUCAGUUCACGAAGAGGAUGGAAGACAUGACUGUCGCUGGCGUGAACGCGGACGAUGCUGAUGAAGAUGUAGAGCGGCCAUGGCAAGAUGUCGAAUAGUCCACGAUGUCUUCCACGAGGUCGCCUAUUCCAGUGUUUGUCUUGAUUCACCUGUAUGGAAAAUCUGAUCUUUGUUUGAGUGGGCGGGAAACACAUUCUGGAAUGGCUAAAGAGCAAAAUCAGCGAGAAGUCGAUCCUGGUCAAGACCCCUGAGUGUCUGCCCGCGGGUGAUCCGGAUUUGCUAUGGCCGUGACAAACUCGGCGAGAUCCCCUAAGAUCCUCUUGUCGUGUAUCCCUGUCUCUCUCUCGACUCAUUCAUCAUCGAAGAACUACUUACUUACUCUCUCCAAUUGCCAUCUCUCGUGAAACGGUUUUCCCCGAUAUGAAUCCUGAGUAUGAAGAGAAGAAGAUCGUCGACCUCAGUGACGAGGAGCUUGUCAACCUCGGGUUCAUGGGC